AUGCUUGCAUUCCAACAUCGCUUGCGUUCUUGCCUGGACUCCAGUACCUUGUUUCCUGUCAUCCUUCUCCUCAGCCCUCCCUCCCAUCUUUCUGUAUCUUGGAAUUAUGGUCCUCUUGCCUCCCCACCUCUCCCUUCAUCCACGUCCUUGUUCUGGAGCUCAGGUUCUGGAGCUCGGGUUCUGGAGCUCGGGUUCUGGAGCUCGGGUUCUGGAGCUCGGGUUCUGGAGCUCGGGUUCUGGAGCUCGGGUUCUGGAGCUCGGGUUCUGGAGCUCGGGUUCUGGAGCUCGGGUUCUGGAGCUCGGGUUCUGGAGCUCGGGUUCUGGAGCUCGGGUUCUGGAGCUCGGGUUCUGGAGCUCGGGUUCUGGAGCUCGGGUUCUGGAGCUCGGGUUCUGGAGCUCGGGUUCUGGAGCUCGGGUUCUGGAGCUCGGGUUCUGGAGCUCGGGUUCUGGAGCUCGGGUUCUGGAGCUCGGGUUCUGGAGCUCGGGUUCUGGAGCUCGGGUUCUGGAGCUCGGGUUCUGGAGCUCGGGUUCUGGAGCUCGGGUUCUGGAGCUCGGGUUCUGGAGCUCGGGUUCUGGAGCUCGGGUUCUGGAGCUCGGGUUCUGGAGCUCGGGUUCUGGAGCUCGGGUUCUGGAGCUCGGGUUCUGGAGCUCGGGUUCUGGAGCUCGGGUUCUGGAGCUCGGGUUCUGGAGCUCGGGUUCUGGAGCUCGGGUUCUGGAGCUCGGGUUCUGGAGCUCGGGUUCUGGAGCUCGGGUUCUGGAGCUCGGGUUCUGGAGCUCGGGUUCUGGAGCUCGGGUUCUGGAGCUCGGGUUCUGGAGCUCGGGUUCUGGAGCUCGGGUUCUGGAGCUCGGGUUCUGGAGCUCGGGUUCUGGAGCUCGGGUUCUGGAGCUCGGGUUCUGGAGCUCGGGUUCUGGAGCUCGGGUUCUGGAGCUCGGGUUCUGGAGCUCGGGUUCUGGAGCUCGGGUUCUGGAGCUCGGGUUCUGGAGCUCGGGUUCUGGAGCUCGGGUUCUGGAGCUCGGGUUCUGGAGCUCGGGUUCUGGAGCUCGGGUUCUGGAGCUCGGGUUCUGGAGCUCGGGUUCUGGAGCUCGGGUUCUGGAGCUCGGGUUCUGGAGCUCGGGUUCUGGAGCUCGGGUUCUGGAGCUCGGGUUCUGGAGCUCGGGUUCUGGAGCUCGGGUUCUGGAGCUCGGGUUCUGGAGCUCGGGUUCUGGAGCUCGGGUUCUGGAGCUCGGGUUCUGGAGCUCGGGUUCUGGAGCUCGGGUUCUGGAGCUCGGGUUCUGGAGCUCGGGUUCUGGAGCUCGGGUUCUGGAGCUCGGGUUCUGGAGCUCGGGUUCUGGAGCUCGGGUUCUGGAGCUCGGGUUCUGGAGCUCGGGUUCUGGAGCUCGGGUUCUGGAGCUCGGGUUCUGGAGCUCUGGUUCUGGAGCUCGGGUUCUGGAGCUCGGGUUCUGGAGCUCGGGUUCUGGAGCUCGGGUUCUGGAGCUCGGGUUCUGGAGCUCGGGUUCUGGAGCUCGGGUUCUGGAGCUCGGGUUCUGGAGCUCGGGUUCUGGAGCUCGGGUUCUGGAGCUCGGGUUCUGGAGCUCGGGUUCUGGAGCUCGGGUUCUGGAGCUCGGGUUCUGGAGCUCGGGUUCUGGAGCUCGGGUUCUGGAGCUCGGGUUCUGGAGCUCGGGUUCUGGAGCUCGGGUUCUGGAGCUCGGGUUCUGGAGCUCGGGUUCUGGAGCUCGGGUUCUGGAGCUCGGGUUCUGGAGCUCGGGUUCUGGAGCUCGGGUUCUGGAGCUCGGGUUCUGGAGCUCGGGUUCUGGAGCUCGGGUUCUGGAGCUCGGGUUCUGGAGCUCGGGUUCUGGAGCUCGGGUUCUGGAGCUCGGGUUCUGGAGCUCGGGUUCUGGAGCUCGGGUUCUGGAGCUCGGGUUCUGGAGCUCGGGUUCUGGAGCUCGGGUUCUGGAGCUCGGGUUCUGGAGCUCGGGUUCUGGAGCUCGGGUUCUGGAGCUCGGGUUCUGGAGCUCGGGUUCUGGAGCUCGGGUUCUGGAGCUCGGGUUCUGGAGCUCGGGUUCUGGAGCUCGGGUUCUGGAGCUCGGGUUCUGGAGCUCGGGUUCUGGAGCUCGGGUUCUGGAGCUCGGGUUCUGGAGCUCGGGUUCUGGAGCUCGGGUUCUGGAGCUCGGGUUCUGGAGCUCGGGUUCUGGAGCUCGGGUUCUGGAGCUCGGGUUCUGGAGCUCGGGUUCUGGAGCUCGGGUUCUGGAGCUCGGGUUCUGGAGCUCGGGUUCUGGAGCUCGGGUUCUGGAGCUCGGGUUCUGGAGCUCGGGUUCUGGAGCUCGGGUUCUGGAGCUCGGGUUCUGGAGCUCGGGUUCUGGAGCUCGGGUUCUGGAGCUCGGGUUCUGGAGCUCGGGUUCUGGAGCUCGGGUUCUGGAGCUCGGGUUCUGGAGCUCGGGUUCUGGAGCUCGGGUUCUGGAGCUCGGGUUCUGGAGCUCGGGUUCUGGAGCUCGGGUUCUGGAGCUCGGGUUCUGGAGCUCGGGUUCUGGAGCUCGGGUUCUGGAGCUCGGGUUCUGGAGCUCGGGUUCUGGAGCUCGGGUUCUGGAGCUCGGGUUCUGGAGCUCGGGUUCUGGAGCUCGGGUUCUGGAGCUCGGGUUCUGGAGCUCGGGUUCUGGAGCUCGGGUUCUGGAGCUCGGGUUCUGGAGCUCGGGUUCUGGAGCUCGGGUUCUGGAGCUCGGGUUCUGGAGCUCGGGUUCUUGAGCUCGGGUUCUGGAGCUCGGGUUCUGGAGCUCGGGUUCUGGAGCUCGGGUUCUGGAGCUCGGGUUCUGGAGCUCGGGUUCUGGAGCUCGGGUUCUGGAGCUCGGGUUCUGGAGCUCGGGUUCUGGAGCUCGGGUUCUGGAGCUCGGGUUCUGGAGCUCGGGUUCUGGAGCUCGGGUUCUGGAGCUCGGGUUCUGGAGCUCGGGUUCUGGAGCUCGGGUUCUGGAGCUCGGGUUCUGGAGCUCGGGUUCUGGAGCUCGGGUUCUGGAGCUCUGGUUCUGGAGCUCUGGUUCUGGAGCUCUGGUUCUGGAGCCCAGGUUCUGGAGCCCAGGUUCUGGAGCCCAGGUUCUGGAGCCCAGGUUCUGGAGCCCAGGUUGUGGAGCUCAGGUUCUGGAGCUCAGGUUCUGGAGCUCAGGUUCUGGAGCUCAGGUUCUGGAGCUCAGGUUCUGGAGCUCAGGUUCUGGAGCUCAGGUUCUGGAGCUCAGGUUCUGGAGCUCAGGUUCUGGAGCUCAGGUUCUGGAGCUCAGGUUCUGGAGGCCAGGUUCUGGAGCCCAAGUUCUGGAGCUCAGGUUCUGGAGCUCAGGUUCUGGAGCUCAGGUUCUGGAGCUCAGGUUCUGGAGCUCAGGUUCUGGAGCUCUGGUUCUGGAGCUCUGGUUCUGGAGCUCUGGAACACGCCCUGCAUAGAAAAAGAGCAGGCGGAUGGUAGGGACUGA